GGAAGUCCUGUUUUUAAUAAUAUUUUGGGACUACGUGGUUGACAUAGACAUGAAAAGAAGAACAUCGAAGGAAUGGUCGUUUGUUUCCUCCUAGCUUUGUAUUUCUUACAGUAGUGAAUGAAACGCAAACCUCUUGUAAGUUACACACUUCAUCUUCCAUUCAAUUCUUUCGUCUUUCGGAGCUUGGAAACAACAACACCAACCUCGUUCAACGAGACUCUUGUGUAACUUGCGGUAGUGAUACCGUACCCUUGAAACUGACCAGUAGCGCGGUCGUUCGUCGUUAUCCAAUGCUCAGAUUCGGGCCUCUAUUACGUCUUACGCCUGAAAGAAUAACAACAUCCAGAAACACAACUAUCAACAUGAGUCGCAAUCCAGCAAAGCGUCGUAGAAUAGAAGAUGUGUCACAGGAGGCGAAAAAUCCUUCCGGUUCAGUACACAUCGUUGACCCUGGAGAUGAUCAGUCCCAGCCAUCGGAAAUCGAGGAACUGUACUCGUUGAUCAAUUCAAAAAAAUGGGAAAGGGCAUCGGCAUUAGCGAAGAGAAAUCCUCAUCUUGUAUCCUUAUCCACCAAAGAACCUUCGAUGCUAGCGCUUUCCUGUCGAUCAGGGGCUCCGUACAACUGUGUGAAGCAAAUUUUGGAUGCUGCACCUAGCAAGCUGCGACAUCUUUUGGAUUCUAGAGGAACUCCCUUGCACGAAGCUGUUGUCUGUGACGAAAUAGGACCAUCAGUGAUUGCGUACCUACUCAAAGUGGACGAAGAGCUUGAUUUGGCUGCCGAUGGAACGUGCAAUUCGCUAAGAGCAGCUAUGAUUCAGGAUGUAGAUGGGUACACACCAUUACACUUGUUGAUACGUAGGCGUUUCCAGUCACAUGUUCUUGCCGAUUUAGACGACAAUGAAAAAAGUCACUUUAUUGAAAUCUUGGAGUUGUUAGUAAAAAGUUGCGCUGAAGCAAUAGUAAUAUCAGACCGAGGAGAGUAUGAAGAGCCACCUAUAGUGAUGGCAAUAAAAGCCAAUGUGUAUGCACCCUUGUUGCCAUCGGAAGAAACCACAAAUGCACGCAUGGAACGCCACAUUUACGAUAUUGUCAAUUGCAUGCUUCAGCAUUGCCCAAAGGCUGCUAGUAGAGUUUUCAGUGGCUAUCGUGGGCAAUAUACCGCCUUGCACUCUGCUGUGUUUCACGGGCGUUGUCCAGAUACAAUAGAACUUCUGUUGAAAGCCGAAAAGGAAUCACCGUCAAAUAUUGAUCAGAAAGCAUGCCUGCUUGGCAACACACAGGGGGAACUUCCUCUUCAUUUUUGUGCCAUGCGAGGUGAACCUCCACGUACAGUUGCUCUGCUCGCCAAAGCAGCUCCAGAAGCUAUUUCGCAACGAGAUGCGUCAGGAUUGACCCCCAUGUAAGUAGCUCAUCUCGUUUGGUCUUCGGGUAUCAAGAAAAAGGUGAAAGUGUUAGAAGCCUCGCUAGUUGAGCUAUCAUUGUCGUUCAAAUUAUCUCACGUCGCUCUUUCUGCUCCAUAAAAUUUUGUAGUCACUGGUUAUGGAUCCGUUUCGUAAGCACUCUACUUGCCAUAGACGAUGGCAGAGGGAAUGCAAUAUCUGUACCACUGACUAUAAGAACCUCAUCACGAAGAACAGAGAGUAAUGACACAGACACAUCGCGUAAUUUUACCUUUUCCUCGCUGGAACAAGAUAAUUUUCAAGCAGACUUGAUGCUUUUGAGAAAAAUCGAUCCUACUGUUGACUUUCUUCGUAUGAGACACAUUCCUACAGAAGUGCAGGAGGCAACAGAGGCAUUGCAAUGGGCAGAGCAUGCUGCAUCUGUGUUGAAGAGUGUUCGAGAUUGCCUCGAGACUCUCUCAACUCAAGAAGGUGCGGAGAAUGGAGAGGACAAUGAUAGCGAGGACGUUGUAAUGUUGACCCGACUCGAAGCCAUCGCAACUCUCUUCUGGAUAAAAGUCGUGUCUCUUUUGAAAGCUAUCGCCACAGACGAGACUAAGAUCAAUGUUAAUGAUGACCACGAAGAUUUGUCUCUGGUGAGGACGGCCUUCGAAAACGGUUGCUGCCCUCCACUUGUCGGUCGCAUUGUAGCAUUGCUAUUCCCGGCAGAGUUUUCGCAGCCAGAUGGAAAUGGCCGAGUUACUCUCCAUUACGCUGCCAUGAGGCCGUGGCAUGCUUGGGAAUGGCCAAGAGAAGAUGGUACCAGCGAUUCGGCUUCUUCAAAACUCUUGAAUCUGGAAUCGGCCUCCCUUUUGAGGAAUGCGAUGUCCCUGUCCUCAGUUGAAGCUGCCAAGCACAAGGAUAAGAAAGGGUGCUUGCCGAUUCACUACAUGAUAUCAACAUAUAUCCAAGCAUGCUGUGCUAGUGGGCGCUCGUGUUCCGAAGACCCUGUGGUUGAAAUGUUGGAGAUUAUCGGAUACUUUGUGAAACUCAACCCCAACUCCCUCAAUAUAUGUGAUCCAAGAAGCGGGCUGCUGCCGUAUUUACAAGCAUCUGCAGAAUCUGCACAAGCCAUCAACAGCAACCCAAAUGCGUCAUCCAUCCAUGACAACUUUCCCCUGUCCAUUGUGUACCUUCUCCUCAGACAAGAUCCUUCAUUGGUGCAGACGGCUUCAUCUUUUUGAACAACAUUCUAUCCUUUCACUCCCCUUUCGAAUUUACAAGAUGAUCUUGAUAUCUUUUUAAGCCCCUUUUGGUUUGAUUUCACUGCAACUCGCUCUCAACAAAUUCUUUCAGGUCAGAAACUAUUCCAAAAUGAAGGAGGCAUGCACAAAAGCAAAGUUUCUAAAUGAUAAAUAAUUAUACUUGUAUGUG